AUGUUGNCAUUCAGUUAUGAUCAGAGCCUUGUUCCUUCAACCAGUAGUUCAAGCCAUAAAGAUUGCCCAUCUUUAUUUGCUAUUCUUCCUUUCUGUCAGUGGAAUUCCUCAUCUUCUGUAACACGCCCUAAAGAUUUCGAGGCUACUACAGAUGGGCACUGUCCAAGAUUAUUAGAAGCUGCAGAAAUUCUGUGUGAAAUGGCAACAAACUCUCCAGGACAUAACCCAUAUGAAAUCAUGAGGUCACAGAAGAAGACUUUACAUAAGAACAUGAAAGGUAAAAACUUGAAGCCAAUUGCAAACCAUGAAGAAAUGUCUUCAGCACCAACUUCAGUGGUUGGAUCCAACCCGAUGGCCAGAUCUGUUGACGAAAUAAUUCCUGCAAAAAAGCCACGGGUUUCCACAGUCGAGUACAGGAAUGGUGUUCGUUCACAUUAUGAUAAGAAGGGACCCUAUUCUUCAAAAUCAAGUAUGCCAUUACCCAGUAAACCGGUUAGGGACUUGAUUAAAGAAAACAAGCACUCGACAGCUACCAUACUGAAGGAGCUUACUAUGAUGCACCCAACUAAUCGGAUUUUGGAUAAGGGUAAGGCUUAUGUUAGUCAAUUCAAGGUUAAAAAAUUAGGAUUAGUGGAUUGGAAACGGGGAAAGGACAAGUGAGAUUGAUCAAGCCUUAUCUCAUGUAGAAACAUCUAUUGCUGUGACAGCUGUUGUGAUUACCGAAAGUUAGAUUUAGUCAUUGGCUGCUUUGUAUAUUAUCCUUAUGGCUGCAAUCAGAUUGUUGCAGAGGUUAUUUUCAAGGGAAAACUCGUUUCAAAUGUUGUAAUUAACUGUAGGUGUACAGAAAACAUCAUUCUUUGUUCAGUGUAAU